UUUCAUUUUUUAUUAUCGCUAACACUACCAUAGAAAAUCCAGGGUUUUGGAAGCAGUCGCUGGCACUGUGAAUUAAUCAAGCAAGCUUUUCAUCUUUUGAAGGAUAUCGAGUGAAUGGAUUCGCUUGAAAAAUAGAAAUGGACCUUGUUUCACAGAUAGGAAAAAAACGGAAAUAUGGUAGUAGAGGGAAGAGAUGCAUGGCAUACGGAUGCAGUAAUACAACAUGUAAUGAGGUAUUCAUUCAUACCAUGCCCGGAAAGAUGCCAAAGACGCAUGAAAAGUUCACACCCAUUCAAAAAUCAUGGAUCAAAUUUAUCAGGAGGAAGAGAGAAUUUCCCUCUAAGUUGGCCAGAUUGUACAAGCAAAUUCUUCUGUGUAGUGGACACUUCACAGAAGAGGAUUACAAAAGGUCAGAAGUUCUGAUGUACAAGGAAGGAUUUAGAGACACUCCCCCGUCUUUGAAAGUCAAUGCCAAGCCCUCGGUGGAUAUCGCCUGUCAUCCGUUUCCCAAGAAGCAUUCGUCCAGACACAGAGGAUCGCAUCCCGCCCAUCAUGGAGUGGAAGAUAAUAGAGAAUCAUCCACAGCACCCGCACCCAAUCCUCAAUCUAGGAGAAGGGUGAAAAGGCCAACGCUGGAUACUGAUAAUAUCAAAGAAGAACCAGUCCCUGUGAAAGUGAGGCACAGGCAAAGUGAUACAAAGAAAUUGAAGAAUCGCAAAAAAAAGGUUAACUGCCCAUCAAAGAAUCAGAAGAUAAAAGAACAAAUAGAAGAGGGAAAGGAAAACCUGACAAAGGAAGUCAAGAAAGAAAGAGAGGAGAGAGGUGCUAAGAUGACAAAAAAGAAACAAAAAAACUCAACUUACAGACAAACAAUACUGAAAAAGAAACGUAAUGGGUAUUUCUACAAGACUGCUACGGAAACGAGACAAGAGAACUUUACCCACAAUGAGGGUGGUUCUGCUGUCAAAUCCUCAGACUCCAAUCCCAACUCGAAGCAACUCAACACUCCUGAUACCUCACACGAAUCUCUCACCAAUGAUGACAGGAAUGAAUGCCCAACCUCUAUUCAACCUGGACAAUCCACAUCAAAUCGUAUCACAGAGAAAAAGGUGGAGGGAGGAGGAAGGAAGAAAAGGCGAGACCAUACAGGAUCCCGGUGUGUAGUGAUGUUCUGCAGUUCAACAAUUUAUGAUGGAGUCUCACUUCAUGUGAUGCCUGGCCCCAUGCCAAGCGCGCGAUGGAUGCCAUUUACACCUCUGCAAAUGCAGUGGAUUGAUUUCAUCAAAAGUACAAGGAUUUUCUACCCCUAUGAAUACAAGAGAAUACAUGUGUGUUCCUUGCACUUUAGCGAAGAGGACUUUGAUCCAACUGGUUUAAGAAUGUACAAGAUGGGGAUCCGGAAGAAUAGACCCAAUCUUCGUCCGAAUGCUGUGCCUCAUAUAUUUGAUCCAGCUGCAACUAAAAAAACGAUGCCAUAUGCCCGCGAAGUGGUAUCAACAUCACCCGAGCUGUGGUUGCGUACAAGCACGGUGACAAUGUCAGCAUCCACAACAUCAGCAACAUGUACAACUCGACAUUCUGCAGUGACAUCUCAACUAGCACAAUCUACUAAGUCUACAACUUCCAGAACAGCUGUCAGGAGAUCUAUGAGAUUGAAGGCAUUAACCAGUAAAAGAUUGAAGGCAUUGACCAGUAAAAGAAGGUCUCCAAAGUCAAAGUUAAAGACUCUACCAUCAGCAGCAUCUACCAGUGGCAGGUCUAUAAAGUCAUUGUCAAGGGCAGCACCAUCAGCGUCAUCCUCCAGUGCUAGCAGGAAGCCUACAAAGUCGAGGUCAAAAUCAUCAUCAGUACCAUCUUGUACGGGAGCUAUGGGUUCACCCUUAGCAUCAUCUAACAGUACUACAGUGACAUCAACAACUGCUCGAACAGAGCUCCAGCAAAGUACUAAACCAGAUGUUUGUUGUAACACGUCUGCAGCUGUGGUAUGCUCAGUGGCAAAGGCAUCAACAUCAGUACCGUCGUCCCCAAGUGCAAUUAGACCAUCUAAUAUAGCACCGCUUCCAGCGGCAGAGCAAUAUGCCAUUUUAACAAAUGGUGCAACGAUUUCGCUUAUGCCAGCACCUCAUACCGGUACCAGUACAUCGCCAAUGCCAGGGUCAUCUGAACCUGCAUUUGCAUUGGUACCAACUUCUACUGAAGGUCUGGUUUCUGUGGUACAGCUAAUGGCAGCUUCUACUAGUACUGCAAAGACAUCAACAAUACCCAAAUCAGUGCAACAACAGCUGGCUAAAUACGCCAUGGUCAUUGAUGUAGCUUCAUCCAAUGUUUUUCACGAUAGUCAACCUGCUGCAUUUGUCGAUGUUCCUCUGACUGAUGACCCACAUGCAGGGAAUUGGAAGGUAGGGAAAGCUCCAUAUCAGAAAUCACGAAAGAUCCCAGUUGGGAGAGCCAAAGAAUUCCUGGACCAAUCUAAAGGAGUCCAGUGUUCUGUAAAGGAUAAGGAGAAGUCGAAGAAUACCUCUACUACGAAUGAUGUUGCAAUGGAUGAAGGAGCUGAGGAUGAAUCCUGGACAGUUAUGACUGUAUCAUCUGACACAAAGGAUAAGGAGCAGUCGAAGAAUACCUCUACUACGAAUGAUGUUGCAAUGGAUGAAGGAGCUGAGGAUGAAGAAUCCUGGACAGUUAUGACUGUAUCAUCUGAAACAAAGGACAAUGAUGAUGGUGGUGAUGAUGAUGAUGAUGAUAGAUCCUCGUUAUACCUCUCCUCUUCAUCCUCCUCUUCCUCCUCCUCUUCUUCCUCUUCAUCCAAUUCAUCCUCCCCAUCUGCAUCCCGUUCGCAGUCACCACAGCGACAGACCCUCUCUUCUUCGUCAUCACCAUCUUUUGGCUUUGAAGUAUUACCAGAGCGACGGGCUAAGGUCACCACUCUGGUUAAUAUGAUGGAUAGAAUGACCAAGGUCAAAGGUCACAAGGAGAAGGCUGGGAAGGAUGAUGAUGAUGACGACAGUGAUGAGGAUAUUGAUGUUGAAGAUGAAGACGAUGUCGCUGAUGAUGAUAAUGAUGAUGAAAGUCCUCCUGCCUUUUGUCUGUGCAAGAGUACCGACUACUCUCAAUUCAUCAUCUCGUGUGACUAUUGUGCCAAAAUGUAUCAUGGUAAAUGUGUGGGCGUAGAGGAAAUGGCCGCCAAGUUUAUUCUCAAGUAUGCCUGUCCACCAUGCAGAGAUGAAAAUCCCGAUCUUACAGUUGUCUUUAAAGACAGUGUUGCUGACUCUGAAGCAUCAGCCCCGCUUGAGCAUGAAGAUAGAACUGAGGAAAAUGUGGCGAAGCAUUCUGAGAAAACUUCAACCGUUGUAGAACUGGAUCGAGAUGGUAUAAAAAAGUUUUCCAAGGACUAUGAAAAGCGAAAUCCUCCUUAUAAGAAGCGGAGGACAAUGUACUGUGGUAAAUGCAUCGCUUGCCUGAAAAAUUCAGAUUGUGGUAAAUGCGUCAACUGUCUGGAUAAGCCAAAGUUUGGAGGAGAGGGUAAAAAGAGACAGAAAUGCUUGAAAAGAAAGUGUUUGGUUUUUCCCACUCACAAUGAACGGGAGAUAGGGAUAACAGUAGAACAUAAACUCAACAAACUCGUUGCAGUAACCAUGAACGAAAGAGGUGAAGUGAACUGGGAAGCCGUUGUGUCGAACAAGAAAGUACAAUCAUCAGUUAGACAGCAGAUUGAGACAAUGAGCGAGAGGGGUGAUGCGCCCAUGACAAAGAAAAAAAAAUCUGGUAAACGCUGCAUGGUGUACAACUGUGGACACGAUGCUUAUCAUGGGUAUAUAACACACAAGAUGCCGGGAAAGAUGCCAAAGAGCAAACAGGAUUUCACAGAAAUUCAGAAAAACUGGAUCGCCUUCAUCGGACGGAGGCGUAAAUUCAACACGCACAUCGCCCGCAAAUAUGCGAAGAUCAUCGUGUGUUCGGAACAUUUUUUGAACGAGGACUAUAAAGAGGAGGACGUCAAGCUGUUUGAGCUUGGAUUGCGUACGACCCCUCCAGCACUCAAGGCUGAUGCUGUUCCCUCUCGAGACAAAGCCACACACCCUUUCAAUCCGUAUGGUAGUGCUCGUCCGUCAUCCAAACGAAAGUUCAAGCAUUUCACUCGACUGGCGUCGGGCUGCGAAAUGUGGACGAGCGGCAACCGGGAGAUAAUCCCAUACCAAACCAUACGGUAUGAUAAAUCCAAGAUUCCGGACCAUCGCUUGAGGAAAAAGAUAUCCCAUGAACUCAAGUAUCACCACGACUACGCAGCCCGACCAACGUAUGCUGGUACAACAUUCAUAGACCUUUCCGAAGAGGACGAACAUACAGAAAAGGAAGCAGCGUUCAAGGAUUUCCUCAAGGAGAGAACGGAAUCAGCAGACAAGGAUGUCGCAGAAGGAACAAGGACAGGACGGGAUGUCGGAGAGAAUGAUGACGAGGAAACCGAGUCAGCCACGGAGGAACUGCAAGAGGAGGGCAACUCAGCAACGCAAAUAACUCCAGAUUUAAUAGAAUAUUUUGAUAAACGUAGUAAAAAACGAUCUAAGGAAACCCAGUCAGUGGAGCAAGAACACCUUCCUAAGGAGGCAAAGAAUGAAGAUAAACAUUCAAGUUCUACAGAUUCCAAUUCUGAUGAAUCCUCAGAUAUCAUCUGCGUGACUGCAAGUCCGAAAGAAGAGGAAGGACUGAGAGAGAAAGAGGGACCAAGGAUAAGGCAACGCAGACGGCGUCCUUGUGGACAUUGUGAACCAUGCCAAAUAAAGGAAGACUGUAAACUAUGUAAUUUUUGCAAAGAUAUGAAGAAAUAUGGAGGGAAGGGCAUAUUGAAACAAAAGUGCGCUCUACGGUGGUGUUUGAAUUAUAAAGUCAAACGCCCUAAAUUUCGAUACCGGAGACCAAGACGUCCUGUCAUUGAGCAGCAAGGUACGCAGGAAGGCUGUAGGAAGUGCGUUGCCUGCAGGACGAGUAUCAACUGCAGGAACUGCAAAAAUUGUUGGCAUAGGGAAGCUCAUCUUCAUCGUAAAGAUAGGAAGAAAGAAUCCAAGCACCAAUGUAUCUUCAGAAAGUGUCUGUUAAAGAAAUAUGACCCAAAGAAGUCUCAGGAAGCUCCACUUUCAAGUCCUGUGGACCCUCCGCUUUCAAAACCUUUGAAGAGAGGGCCCCUUUCCUUUGCCUGUGGAGCAUGUGUGUCAUGUAAUAGACUUGAAGAUUGUGGAAAAUGUUAUGCCUGCAAGUUAAAUCGUAAAAAUGGAGGCUCACCAUCAAUGUGUUAUGCAAGGAGAUGCCAGAACAAACGCUUGAAGAUGCUGUCACUUUACAAGCAGGAAAUGGCACAAGAAACUACAGAUUUAGCAAACCCUGAUACAAACGGCAAAGACAACGGGGAUGAAGGAACACUCGCAUCAUCAACAAGCCGCAUCUUGGAGGCCUUCCCCGAUCAGAUAAAGAAGUGGAAACGAGACCCCGAGUUUUGUGAAGAGAAAGGCAUCGAUUGGGAGAAGUUAGAAAGCAGUCUGGAGGAGAUAAAGAAUAACCUUGCCUCUAUAGAUGAAAAGAUGAUGAAACUAAAAGAGAUCACAAGCAAGCCCAGGUCGUCUGUUAUCAUGAAUAUAUAUGAAAAGCCCAUAAAGCCGACAUCGAAAUGCUUGUCCAGAGGCCCUCAGAUACUGAGAGAGUCCCAACUGGCUGACUAUCUUGAUGAAAAGCAAAGCAGAUCAGAACUCAAAGUCAGGAUGGUAUAUCAUGGUGGCGCUCAAGACUCAAAGGUUGGGUUGAGAGACAUUUGUGGGUGUCCACUGGAGCCCGACAUCUUGACGGACACGGACAAGUUCUGUACCCUCUACAAGUUGAAUUGUCAGGAGCACUAUAACUGGGAGAAACUUAAACAAGCAGAACUUGAUCUGGAGAGAGUAAAAUGGUUGGUGAAACUGGAUGGAUUGCUGGAUGUGGGGAAGAGCUCUUAAAUCAGCCCCUAGCAUCGAUGGACAUUCCACAACUUCAUAUUUCAUCAGUAAAUCUUUGUGAAAUCUUCCAUGAACUGAUCCUGUAAGACCUUUUCUGAGAGAUAGCAGCAAUGGAAAAUAGAACGGUGUACUUGCACCCGUAAAAACUAAGAAGUGACCCAUUUGCUCAGGCUAUAUCGUGGAUCAUAAUCCAUAUCAAAUCUUCAAGAACUGGUUCUGUAACAAAGUAUACCUGCACCAGUGAAAUGAUGAGGUGACCAAUUUGCCGGAGCCCUAUAUCAUGGAUCAUAAAAGAUGUGGACAAACAUUCUUUGUACUUCAGAGGACAUGGGUGAUCUUGCCAUCUGAGAGGAUAAUUCUUUAUUUCAUAAUCGUGAGAUGUUGGAUAUUUACUGCCAUGAAUUUACUAAAAUAUAUCUUACACUAUCCAUGAAACUCACUGAUUAGUCAUUUCUGUUGUCUACUUCUUCUCCCUAUGUUCAUCACUUGGCAGAUGUAAUGAUGAUUAAAUAGUAAUAUUAAUAUGCAACAUUUCCAGCCAUUGAUAAAAUGUUUUAAGUGCUGCGUACUGUAACCCCGGUUUCAGCACGGCUACUCUGAUCAAGUUUUCCAGCUUUCAAGGAAUUUCUUCCUACCGGUUACCCAUUUACUACCCCUGGAUGGAAAGUGGCAAAUGCAGAUAAAUGCCGUGCCAAAGCACACAAGAGCUGUGGUGGGAUUUGUACCCUAGACCCUGUGGUUCACAGUCUGGAGACUUUUCCACUGAGCCACAACACCUCUAGGACUAGCUGAUGAGGAUACACCAUACAUUUGUGCAUUUGCCAGCUUUCUUACAUCUCAUGUGUGUUUUGAUAAAUCCCUCCAAAAGUGCAUGUCACUAUUCCAUUUCAUUACUUGAUUGUAUUAAUGCAUGUGCCCCAUAGCA